AUGGUUCUCAACGUAGCAACUGUUAAGAUUUCUGAUAACAUGGUUUUGCCACUACGUAUAUUUAUCAAUAGGAAGAGAAUCUUGGAAAAUAAUUCGUCCAAGACAAUAUUUGAAGCGCCCCUUCUGUCAAACAAUUCUAUAGUAUCUUUAAAGUCUCCCAACGUCAGAUUAUAUCUCUCUGAAUAUGAUAUGAGGAAUCUUUGUGAAGAAAUUAGGAAUGAUUUGAUUUUUAUUGCAUACGAAGUGAGCUCACCAGAAAUCUUGGAUAAAAUCAUCGCAAAACUUAGGAUUGGCAAUAGUCUGCCUUAUAAAGAAAAUGUUGUGAGUAAAACGGAGGGAGAAAGUAAUAAAUUCAUUGCUUCACAUGUUGAGACUAUAACGAGAGUCUCGAAAUUCAAAUACAAAUUGCAUUUUAAAAAAAACUGGGAACUUGAUAUUUUUAUUAAUGAUGUAAGAAAACUGUCCCAAUUAAGACACUACCUUAUUUUCUCCAAGUAUAGAUCUAUAUUACCUCCUUUGAUAGUACGACCUGAUCGUCGGCUACUUCUAGUUGAACAUUCUGCAAGUAGCAGAAAGCCAAAUAUUCUCAUUGAACGGGAAGAAGAUGAAGAAGACCCUUUCGCAAUGCAACCAGCUGAAGAAAAACCAGAAAUCAAGUUUAAAUAUAAACCAGUACUAAAUGUCAUGUCAUGCAUAGAUAUUCAUGUUUUGCAGCGGCCCAGAAGACACAAAAGCAAGCCUGCUGAGGGGAAUUGA